AUGAAUUAUCUCCAACUUGAGGCUUACUAAAAAGGUUAAGAAAUUGAUGUGUCUUCACCAUCUGAGAUAUCAUAAAAUAAUGCAAAUGAGAGUAAGACUUAAUAAUUUGAUUUACUAAAGGCUGGUUUUCUUAAUAAAGGCUCAAAAAGCUUUAGUCGUAGAUUGCCAAAUCAAACAAAAAACCAUCAAAAGACUGACAGUGUGUCAAUAAAGAGAUAGGAAAAAUCAACAUUGUUAAAGAACUUUUUUAUGAAUACUUUAGUUUAAAAGUUUAAGAAUAAUCUAUUAUAACAAUCAUAUGUACUAUCAUCCAGUAUGAAACACCUCUUAUAAUCUGAGUAGUAUUUAUUAGAAGAUGCAUCUAAAAAAAAGAGAAAAAUUAAUAGUUAAAGCUCAAAUAGGUUACUUUUUCUUCCAGGUGACAAAACUAUUAUAAUUUGGGAUAAAUUAUCUCUUAUUAUUAACCUAUUUAGCUUAUGGUUAUGUCCUAUUUUAUUUGCUUUUAAUGAAAACUCAUCAAUAUUCGAGAGCUUUGAAAUAAUAAUCAUCUUAUUUUUGUGUUUUGAUAUACCAAUCAAUUUAAAUAGAGCAAUAAUUGAUUAGGGGGAAAUAAUUGAAGAGAGGAGAACAAUAUUAAAAACAUAUAUUAUCAAUCAUAUCUAUAAAAAUAUUAGUAGCAUUAUUUUAUGGAUAUUAUGCUAUAAUCAAUUUUAUUAAAUAAACGUUGCCAGAGAAUUCAUAUUUAUUUUGUAAAUUGCAAUCCUAAUUAUUUAAAUAUCAAAUAAUUUCUAAAAAUAUACUGAAUAAUUAUACCUUAAGGAAAUAGCAAGUAAUGUCAAAGACAUAAUAAGUUUAAUAAUAUUAAUCUAUUAUUUUGCCCAUUACAUGGCAUGCAUUUGGCACUAUAUAGGAGUGAACACAGACUCUAUAGGCACAACAUGGUUAAUUAAACGUAAUCUGUUAGACGAAGGAUUUUAUAUAAGAUACAAUUAGUCAUUUUAUUGGGCUUCAAUGACAAUGGUAACAGUUGGAUAUGGAGAUAUCGUACCUUAAAAUUACGUUGAGAUGGCUUUUGUAAAUAUUAUGAUGCUAAUCUCAAGUGUAAUGUACGCAUAUUCUCUAAACUCUAUUGGCAUUAUAUUAAAAUCUUAUAAUGAUUAAAAAUAAAAAUAAACAAAAUCUUUAAUUGUAAUUAACAAUUAUAUGAGGAAAUACUAAUUGGAUGAAACAAUAUAAUCAAGAGUUAGAAAUUAUAUCAAAUAUCAAAUUGAUAAGGAAUUUCAAGAAAAUAGUGAAUAUGUAUAAUAAAUAAUCAAUGAUUUACCAAAUGGAUUAAAAUCAGAGUUGAAUAGAGAUUUACAAACAAAAAUUGUUUCCAGUAUUAAAAUAUUAAAUCAACAAUUUUCAAAGCAAUCCCUGAAAAAUCUUAAGGAUGAAUUAAAAAUCGUUAAAAUAACCCCAAAUGAUUAUGUAUUUCAUAAAGGUGAAACCUAAGAUUAAUGUUUAUAUUAUAUUGAUGAAGGAGAAAUUGAUUUGAUAGAAGAGAACAGUAAAAAAGUAUUAGCAACUUUUAAAAAGGGGGAAACUUUUGGUGAAUACCAAUUUUUUACUGGUUUAUAGCCUAAAUUUUCAGCUUUAAGUGUUGGAUUUUGCUCCUUAUAUUAAAUUAAAAGAUCUGAAUUUAUCAAUUUAAUUAGGUAUAAUUAGAAGGAUUUUGAAAAAUUCCAUAAUAUUAAGGAUACUAUUGUUUUUAAUAAUUCAUUCUCAAUCUUAUUAAAAAAUUGCAAAGUUUGUAAGUAGUUUAACCAUCUAACAAUUGAGUGUCCAUUGUUAACCUACAAACCUAAUUUAGAACAACGAAUCAAAAAAUCUUUAUAUCAUUCAUAUUAAGAAAGAGAUACGAAUUUUGAAAGGCUUAAUUAAAAACUAAAUGUUAGAAUCAUGCAUAAGGACAUAUAAGGAUCAAUUAAAUCUUAUUAAUAAUAAAGUUAUGCUAACGAAUAAAUUGAUGGCUCUUCUGUAAAAAUUGAUACUCCAGAUAUUUUGUAAAUUAGCAAAUAAACUACGAAAAAAAAAUUUACUAUCCAACCUAAAUUCCUCAUCAAAGAUUCUAAUGUCAAUUAAGAAGAUUAAAUAAUUAAUUUAUAGGAGGUUAUCAUGCGAACAGAUGCAGAAAGAAGGAAAUCUAAUGCAAAGACAAUAUUUUCUAAAAAGGUGGAGUAUAAAAAUAAGCCAACCAUUGGACUAGUUAGUUAAUCAAGGGAUACUCCAGUUAAUUGCUCAAUUCAUGAAAUAGCAGGUUAGAUGGGCUUUGAUUAAUAAUGUUUCUUAGAUGAAUUUUAACUGGAGCUACAAUUUCAUUAGAAUGAUAUUGAUAAAAUUUGUUUUUAUCAAUAUUAUAAAAAACAUGAUAAUGCAGACAGCAUUAUAAGAAAUUAUGAGAAUUUAAGGAAAAAAAGAGGUUCUCAGCUAUUUUCUAAAACAGAUAUAAACGCCUACCUUUAUACUUUUAAUUAAAAUGUAGUUUAUAAAAUAAUGAAGUUCAGGUUAAUUAACAGAAGAUGA